AUGGGAGUAAGCACAUCGAGCGGCCGUCGGUCGGCGAGCGCCAACAGGUGCCAGGCGGGGGAAGCACACGAGCGACAUCUGGCGCCGACACAGCGCGCCCGACUCGAAAACGGCGCCAGAUUUCGAAAAUUCGAACCGCCGUCCGUCUGUCCGCGUGGACGGCAGUCCGUCCGCGUCGGCGACACUCCGUCAGUGUUGGCCGGUGGCCGGCCGCCAGCGCCGGCGGUAGUGGUGGUGACCUUGACCGCCGGUGGCGCAGUCACAGCAGGCGGGCGACGACGAGAACCUGGUCGUCUGCGUGCUGCGUUCCUCAGCAGUUCGUAUCGGGUUUUCGGUGAUUCGAUCUCUAAAAUAUACUGGUACACUUUGCUGUAG